ACACCCAAGCGAGCGGUUCAAGUGAUAGUUUUUCGCUUUUGCUGUACGAAAUAGUGCUGCUUUUAGUCUGAUUCCACUGGUAGAAGGUGCUGUACUGUUGCCGCAAGAUGCUGUAUCUGGAGGAUUACCUUGAAAUGAUUGAACAUUUGCCCCAGGAGCUUCGGGAUCGAUUCACCGAAAUGCGCGAGAUGGAUCUUUCUGUACAAAACAAUAUGGACUCACUGGACAAACGAGUCCGCACGCUGUUCCAGCAGUGCCGCAGGGGCGAGCUGGCGGGCGUACAGGCCGAUUCGGAGUUCCAUUCGAUCCGCAAAGAUUACUACCGAGUGCUGGAGGACUCGGAUGAAAAGGUACAACUGGCCGGGCAGAUGUACGAUCUGGUGGAUCGGUACCUGCGCCGGCUGGACAGCGAGCUGUACAAAUUCAAGUGCGAACUGGAGGCCGAUCAUAAUGGAAUUACGGAGAUUUUGGAGAAACGAUCGCUAGAGCUGGACACAUCCACUAGCAAUGGCGGGUUGAAUCAGAAGGAAAACCGUUAUUUUGAUACGCUGCCCGGUUUAUCGGGUGGCAGUGUUGGAGGAGUUGUUGGCAUUGCGGGUUCUAGUGCCGCUCGCGUCGAUCGAUACAAGGUUAAACCAGAGAAAAGGCGAGAUAGCGUUGGAAUGUCGGUUCUAGGAGGGCCUCCACCGGAGAAAAGACCGGCACUGCCUGCCGCUAGCAGCACAGUCAAUAGUAGUUCUCCAGUGGUCCGACCAACUACUCCAGGUUUGGGAUCAACCACCAGUGGACCGUACCACAUGUUGUCCUCAUCCGGAUCUACCACUCCGAACGCAGCUGCUUCGGUGGCUUAUAAUCUGCAGCAGUUUGGAGCUGGUAACGCAAUAGCCGCUGCUGCUAGUCAGGCCAUCGCUCAAACUCAACAAAUGCAGCAGGGUCGGAGAACUGCUAGCUUGAAGGCUUCAUACGAAGCCAUUCACGGGGCAGGAGCCACAGGAACUGGCCCUCAUGAUUUGCUCAACAACAGAGAACUAGCAGGAGCGACGCAUAACGCACUGCAAGCAGUUGAGCGUGAAACUAAUAACGCAUUCUCUAAUCACCAACGACGUCAGCACAAGAAAAAACUCUCGACCAAUACUUCUUCUGCAGCUACACUGUUACAAGCACAUCAAAAGCAGCAGCACUCUGUUGCCCUUAAUCCUAACUUGUCCUCCUCGUCUCUAGAUUUGCUGGAUUCGACCGUAAGCGGUGGCAGCGGUGGUGGUGUUGGUGGUGGCAGUGGUGUUGUAUCCAGUCUUUUGUCUGGGGUUCCUGGGGGACCCUCGGUGGCUUCCACCAGUGUGGGCACAUCGCGGCCACCCAGCUCUAGCUCUAGUGGUGGUCCGCCUCCGAUGAGUGCUGCUGGUUUGGGACUGUCACUUUCGCUUGGGCCUGGAGCGGUUCUUAAUGAGAACGGAAUGGUUGUGGAACAAACGCCCGAAGGUGAGUGGACGUACGAUCCGAACGAGCCGCGCUACUGCAUCUGCAAUCAAGUUUCGUACGGCGAUAUGGUGGCAUGCGACAAUGAAGACUGCCCCUUCGAAUGGUUCCAUUAUCCGUGCGUGAACAUUACAUCCUCUCCGAAGGGCAAAUGGUACUGCCCUCAGUGUAGCAGUUCGAUGAAGCGACGCGCUUCACGGAAGAAUUAGGUAGUUUUUAAUUUCCGGCAUGAUACGCAAAUUUAGAAAUUUAACCUGCAUACUCUAUGCAGAUCGAAAAUAUAGAAGUAACUAUGUGUGCACGCAUAUAACGCGACGAAUAUACAUACACAUUCAGUGGAUUGAAAGAGGGCACCUUCGUUUACUUAUUUUCAGUCAAAUUCUAUU